AAAGAGGCUAAAGAGCACAACGUGGUUUUAGGAGAGGUUGUAACACCACGUUCCAGAAUCUUUAGAUUAAUUUACAAAUCACAUAUUUAAAAAUGACGGAAGGCAAGUUGUCAGACAAGCCACAGAAAAGUCUGCUUGCUCUGAAUCCACAGGACGAUGCCGAGUUUCAGAAGAAGGUUCAGCAAGUGAAGGCACGACCAAAAACGACACAGUCUAUGACUCCAGGUGUGAUCUAUGUGGGCCAUCUUCCACGAGGAUUGUUCGAGCCUCAGUUAAGAGCUUAUUUUCAGCAGUUUGGCAAGGUUUUAAGAGUAAAAGUUUCCAGGAGUAAAAAGACUGGAGGGAGCAAAGGCUAUGGUUUUGUGGAGUUUGAAUGCGAUGAGGUGGCCAAGAUUGUCGCUGAAACCAUGAACAACUAUCUUAUGGGGGAGAGACUCAUAAAAUGUGAUGUGAUGGCACCCGAGAAAAUCCACGAAAAGCUCUUUGCAGGUUCACAGACGGGCUUCAAGAGACCAAAGCGGCCUUCAGUGACUCGGUAUAACAAAACACACAAGCCAGAGGACAUGGAGAAACUUAAAAAAAAGCUUUUGAGCAAAGAGUCUAAGCUACGCAAGAGACUGGCAGCACAGGGCAUUGACUACGAUUUUCCAGGAUUUGCAGCUAAGGUUCCUGCUAAAAAAGCCCAGUCUGAAGCAGAUGUUUCAGUGUGCAGUGAGGAUGCCACACCGGUGUGCACUCCAUCACUGCUGGAGAGGAGGAAGUCGAUCAGAGUUGAUGAUGAUGAUGUUGAUGAUGAGAUCAUCAUCAAAGCCAAACCAGCCUCAGAAAUCUGCGAGGAUGUUGAAGAUAGUGAGGAAGAAUCUGAUGAUGAUUGUGAAGAGGAAGAUGAUACAGAGGAAGAUGCAUCUUAAAAAAAGACUUAAUAAAUUUAAUGAACUUUAAUCUCUGUUUAAGAAGGGAUUACUGGACUCCUUGCUUUUAUAUGAAAGACUUUCAGUCUUUCCCUGUAGCUGGAGAAGAGAGGAACACACACAUACCCUGGAUGUCACAAUUGUGUGGUUUUGGGUACUGCCUGAAUGGUUACGUCUUGAUCUGAGAUGUGUUUUCUGCAGGUCUUCUACCCGUAUCCUUUUCAUGUGUACAGUGUGGUCUUCUAAACAUCCAAUUGAUUGUGUAAUACACAAAGUAUAUGAGUAUAACUGCUCUGAGUUUGGAGCAGGGAGAGAUUUGUAUUUCUAUCUGUGUUCUGUAUAGUGCUAUGUUCAGACAUUGCAAUAUGGUUAAAUUAAAUAGUUGAUUCAACCAGAAA